AGCAUUCAUCCUCCAGCGACGUCAUAGCUGCCAAGAGCAGCAAAAAGGGCGGUUCAUCCCCCGAUUCUUCCUCCUCCGAAGACCAGUACGACCUCCAAAGAUUUGUCACUGCCCAUAACUAAAACGGCACUUACGCCCAAGCCCUCAAGGAGCUCAAACGGGGGCUCAAGAAGACGCACUGGAGUUGAUUCGUCCUCCCACAAUACGCUGGACUUGGCAGGAGUGUCAUGGCCCAAAGGUACGCCAUCAGCACCGUCGAGGAGGCAGUGGCGUAUCUGGAGCACCCGAUCCUGGGCAAGCGGAUCCGGGAGACGGCACAGGCGGUAUUGGACAAUCCAGCUAAGAGCGCGAUGAAGAUGCUGGGGGAUCCGGAUUACUGCAAAUUUCAGUCAUCGAUGACGCUUUUCCGGUACUCUGAUCUGGAUGAGGACAAUGUUUUUGGGAAGGUGCUGGAUCGAUUUUAUGAGGGCAAAUUGGAUGAGAGGAUGUAUGAGUUGAUUGAGGAAUACGGAGAGGAGAGGGAGGAAGUGGAAUAA